UUAAUUCUAGCCGUUUCAAAAUGGAGGCGCUUAAGAGCAAAAUUGAAUCAAUCAAACUCCAAACCCAACACCUUUGCAAUUUUGCUGAAACUAAUUUGCAAAAAUCCACUCCCUCUUCUUCCUCCACGCAAACCGACGUCAUCUCUAGCGCCAUCCAACAAGUUCUUGAGGUAUUGAAUCGCAUCGACAACAAGCUCAACGAAUUAACAACCACAUCCUCAAUAUCCUCAAUAUCCCUACCAUCGAUAUCAUACCCAAGCAACACCGUCGGUACUCAUCCUAUUCCAAAUCUUGUUUGUCCAGAAGACGGGUUCUACGGUCUGUCCCAUGGCAACCUCAAAAAGCUUUCCCAUGGGCCCCCCACCAAGAAACGGAAAUUAAACGCCACCUUUCUACUACAUAGCAAAAGGCAGAAUUUUGGUCAGUCUCGAGAUAUUAGCAAUGUUGUCAGCAAUAGCGAUACUAAAGGGAGGGACUAUGAAGAAAACGAAGAGCAGGACGAGGAGGAGGACCAGGAGCAGGACGAGGAGCAGGACGAGGAGCAGGACCAAGGGCAAGACAAGUACCAAGAGCAUGGUAACAACGAGAACGGCAAUCAGAACAGCGACAAUGACACUGACGCCGCUAUCAGUGUCGGUUGCAGUGAUACCCAAAUCAAAGUUGACAGCAACACAAAGGAUACUAAUACCGAUACCGAUAUCGAAUUAGGUCGUCAACUCGCAAGCCUAACGAUAGACAAUGGUGCGAUCUUGCGAUUCAUGUCAAUCGUAUACGCUUGGGACAGUGCGGACGUCACAUUGAAAAGCUCGUUCGCCUCGAGAAAGCCUACGGACGAGUUGUCAACUGCUAGGCACUACGAUAAUCUACGACGAAAAGCACAAAAUCUCAGUAUUUUGUACACCGUUUUGGGCAUGUCAGCCAGUUUUCGGCUUUCCAAAGUCAUGAAAGAAAAUCAACAUCGACAUCGAGCAAGCGGAAGUUGUAUAUCAGCUGUGUUAGCAGGUCGUGGCAUCGAAGACACUCCUAAAGCGCGGAAGGCAUUCGCGACGGAAAUAUCUGAGGCUCGGAAGAUCAUGAAGAUGGUAGAAGGAUACGAUGGGCUUCUCUGCUUUUUACCCCUUGGGUUUGGUAGUGGGUUCACGUUAAGAGCUUUGACGAGGUUAUCGAACAAAGACCUCGAGACCUUCCGUGCCACCAUUGCUCGGUAUAAAAGCCUAAUGUUGUUGAGUGAGGUGGGCAAUGAGUUUCUACUCUCUGUUUGGGGUGAAGGAGAGUUCAAAGAAAGAUUGUUCCAAAGGAGACAGCUUGGCGAACUGCAAAACCUACCCAACGAAGACCUCAUUAAGUUUCUGACACCCAUUCAGCCCGAGGAUGGUAUAUAGGGUAGUCUCAUAAGGCUGGACAUUACGUUCAAAAUAAGCAGUAUCAACCGUAGCUGUAUUAUUAUUUUUUUCUGCCAGUUUUUAUUCUCGAUCAAGUCCCCCGUGGUACAGAUAGCGGGACUCGGAUCCCGAACACGCAAAUCAGCACUGCGAAUCUUGUACGAUAGGUGCCAUAAACACCAUCGUGCACGUAAUUGAUCCAUAGAAUCGCGUAAUGAAAAGAUGCC